UUAGAAACGCAAAGAAAUUGAAUAAAUAUACUGUAACCCGUCAAGUGUCUUUUCAUGUGUUUGGAAACAUCAAAUAAAAAAUGAAUUCUGAUGACGAAAAAAGUGAAGAAAUGGAAGAAGUUAUGGAACAGGAUGAACAACUUGUCAUCCGUACACCAGAGGAAAUGAAGGAGCUGGGAAAUACACAUUACAAAGAGAAAAACUACACAGAGGCUAUCUCAUGUUAUACUCAGGCAAUAAGUUUAUGUCCAACAUGUGCAGCAUAUUAUGGGAACAGGUCAGCAUGCUAUAUGAUGAUGUAUAAAUUUGAGGAAGCACUAGACGAUGCUAGACAAGCCAUUAAAAUAGACGACAAAUUUGUAAAGGGUCAUAUACGUGAAGGGAAGUGCCAUAUUGCUCUAGGAGACCCUCAAGCAGCGAUACGAUCAUACAACACAGCUCUACAACUUGAAAGUGAUAAUUUAGUGGCCAAAAAAGAGCUCCAUAUAGCAGAAAGUUUGCAAAAAUUUGAACAAAUGGCUGAAGUCGAUUAUGAAAAAAAAGAUUUUAGAAAGGCACUUUAUUGUAUAGACCAAUGUUUACAACAGUCUGCCACAUGUAGCAAGUACAAAAUACGAAAAUCUGAACUUCUUACUUUACUAGGCCGAUAUCAGGAAGCCCAGGAAAUAGCCAACGACAUUUUACGGCGUGAAUCGAUGAACGCUGAUGCACUAUACGUGCGUGGAAUGUGUUUAUAUUACCAAGACAACAUGGAGAAAGCUUUCCAGCACUUCCAGCAAGUUUUACGACUGGCCCCUGACCACCAAAAGGCCAAAGACACAUACAGAAAAGCCAAGCAGCUGAUGGCAAAGAAAGAAGAAGGAAACAAAGAAUUUCGAGCUGGCAAGUUUCAGGAAGCUUUCAAUAUAUACACAGCAGCCCUCACUAUAGACCCAAAUAAUAAAUUUACAAACUCGAAACUGUACUGCAAUAGAGCAACAGUGUGCACAAAAAUAGAUAAAUCUGACCAGGCUAUAGAAGAUUGUACAAAGGCAAUAGAAUUAGAUGAUACAUAUUUAAAAGCUUACAUGAGGAGGGCAAAAAGUUACAUGGAUGCAGAAAUGUUUGAGGAGGCAGUGAGGGACUAUGAGAAGAUUUGCCAAUUAGAUAAAACUAGAGAAAAUAAGCGAUUAUUACAAGAUGCAAAGUUAGAGUUAAAGAAAAGCAAGAGAAAGGACUAUUAUAAAAUACUUGGUGUCGGCAAAACAGCAUCUGACGAUGAAGUGAAAAAAGCUUACAGAAAACGUGCUCUAGUUCACCAUCCUGACCGGCAUUCACAUGAUACACCGGAGGUACAGAAACAGGAAGAAACGAAGUUUAAAGAAGUUGGUGAAGCAUACUCUGUGUUAUCCGACCAGAAGAAACGGCAAAGAUACGAUGCUGGGCAUGAUAUCGAAGAUUUAGACGGCAUGGGGCAUGGAGGUUUCCACGAUAUAGACCCAAAUCUGAUAUUCCAGUCUUUCUUCGGAGGGGGAGGCGGCCAACAGUUUAGCUUUGGAGGCGGUUCAGGGGCAGGUGGGGGCUUCCCAGGAGGAUUUUCGUUUCAAUUUGGAUAAUGUUGACAUUUCAAUGUAUGUUGUGACAAAUUUUUUUAAGACUGCAUUUUUAUCAGGAAAAUAAAUAUUGGGGCAAUUUUUUGCCCCACUCCAUGUUGGUGCCAGAUAGGGCAAAUGGGGUAAUUAUGCGAUAUAAAUGGGGGGGGGGGUUAUUUCGGUGAUUGGGCAAAUGUGGUUGAAGUAAAUUUUGUGAUACCUUCCUUAAUUUGCCAGUGAGAGGAAGUUGCAAUUGUUUGUGGAUUUAUGAAGUCAGAGAUUUUCAGAUAAAAUGACGCAGUCUGACCCGUGACGUAAUCUCCCAGAAUGCUCUCCACUCGAAGUCCCGAUUCAAUGUUUUGUUUCAUUUUGAAACAUUUCAAGUUCCUUAUAGACUUGAAAGGAACAACUGCUUGCAUAGAAAUUAACCUCGCUUUAUCUGUCUUUGAGUUAAGUUAAAAUCUUUGUUUAUUAUGUGAUUUCUUUUUAGAUAUUUUUUUGCUUUUAAGUGUAAGUCUAUAGUAUUAAGAGUAAAACCUUACAAUUUUUUUAUACAUGUAAAAAAGUGUGAACCAAGCUUAUAAAGUUAUACAUGUUAAGUUAAAAAAUGAACUGUUAGUGUUAGUAACUUAGUAUAAUUUUGUGUCUAAAAUCAUAUUGCACUGACUAAAACAUUUUGAAAGCUCCAAACAAGACAUU